AUGCAUCGCACAAAUCUUAUGUCUGCAAAUACAUCAGGAACGCGUCCAUCGCUAAGUGCGCGCGGCGCGCCUGGUGUGUUGCAGCCGGAGGCGCGAGCCCAGCCGAGUCGUCCGCCCGCAGCCGCGUCUUCGCCGGAGGCCGCCCUACGCUUGGAUGACGCCACUCCGCGCCCAUGUGCGGCCUGGCGUUUAGGACAAGGAACAGCCCCUCGCAGAAGACUUCCCUCCGCUGGGGCGACUGCUGUAGCCACCGGCCCCGGCCCUCGCCCGCUGCCCCCGGUCCCGCCUCGCCCUCCGCCAUCGCCCCCGCCGCCUCCGCCUCUGCCCGCCGCUAGCCUCCUCUGCGUCGCCACCCUCGCGCCGCCGCCGGCACCAGUCGCCGCCAUCGCCGCCGCCGCCGCCGCCGCCGCGCAGUUCAGAGCACUAUUUUUUACAGGAACAGAACCAAACAGUAUUCAUACACUUGGACCGGUAGUUCUCAAGCACGAAGCUUCUAAAGCUGUUUCUUCCUUUAGAACAAGUGAAGCCGCCAAGAUGAUCAACAUCGCCGGAGUCGUCUCGAUCGUGCUCUUCUACAUCAUGAUCCUGGGCGUCGGCAUCUGGGCCGCGCGCAAGAAGGAGUCGGGCAACGACUCCGAGGAGGAGGUGAUGCUGGCGGGCCGCAACAUCGGCCUCUUCGUCGGCAUCUUCACCAUGACAGCUGCCACCACCGGCCUCCCUCAGCACCAUCUCCGGCAGGAUACCGCUCUAGAUGCCGUUCUUCAUCGUCUCCUCUGCGUGCUCCGUCUCCCUUCCUCCGCCUGCUACCGUCCUACCAACUCCGCCCCAACUCGCUACCGUCCUAUGCCUCAGGCCUCGUCGUUCUCCACGGCAGCGCCCCCCGGCCCCUGCGCCCCGCUCCACGCCCUCGCCCCCCCUCAGCUCCAGCGUCGCGCCACGGGUCCGCGUCCUAGUCUCGCCAGCUGCCAACCACCAGCCUCGCCUCACCCGCAUCUCACGGCAGGACGUCUAGAACCUCUCCAUCUUGGUCCCGUCCUCCUCCGUUUCGCUCCGUUCCUACCCAACUCCGCCCCGACUCUACCGCCUUGCCCUCAGCCUUCCUUCACGACACCCGCGCCCUCGCCCGUCCCACCCCCCUACCAGCUCCAGCCGACCGGUCGCGUCACUUACCCUCGCCCCAUCUCCGCGACCGUCUAUCCGUCCCUUUCUCUGCGGUCCUUCGCUCUCCCCUCCUCCCAACCUACCUCCAGCUCGCUCUCCACUACGCCCUGCGCGCCGCCCGGACGCAAAUAUUCGACACUCUCUCGAAGGCUGCUGCUGCAGGCUUGUCCCGAUCCCGCCGGCGCGCGUCCGGCCGCUGCGCGCGGCUUCCAAAGUCCUUACGAUGAUGCGCGUUGUUCGUUUCAACGCUUGUUGCGGGAGCGCCGUCAUUCAUUCGUUACCCAUAUUGAUCGCAAGCCGAACGGAUUUACGAGCGCCGCCACGUCACCCCCAUUUAACGGGCGGCACGCCGGCUCGCCGCGGUGGCGGCCGGCGUCAUUAACACCAUAG